AAUGUUCCUACGCUUUGUUGCCUGAACACACCAAACGAUGAAAUCGGCGUCUCUCAUUUUCUCUCCGUCAGUGCCUGCGACUUAGCGCUCAGCCUCUCUCUUUAGUCUUCCUCCUUUGUCGACCUUCUUCAGGCUGUUGGGCUUGUUAGCAUGGCCUUCCGCAGUGGGACCGUCACCUUCCCAUUUCCUUGAUCCGAGAGAUACACGCUGUGGUCAUUCCGGACUGUAUCGAUUCGAAAACCCUCGACAGAACCCUUUCUAAUCUCUCUAUAUUGACGCAUUCUCACCAUGCAUCAACACCCUCGAUCUCCGGCGCCUGCAGCGCCUCUUAUUGCAACCAGGCCGAGCGCAACCCGCUCGGAUGACCGCAGAGAACAAGAUACCCGCCCGACCUCCCCAGCUUUUGACCCCAGGGUACACACUAGUAGGGGACUGGGUAUAGAGACGGAGACCGGGUCGCCUGAGCAGACACCUACUUCACAGCCGGCGAAAGAAGCAAUAACUAAGCUCAACCAAAUUAUAACGAACUAUUUCACAAAGGCUGCCCUAAUUAUCCUGCACGAUCGUGUGCACCUCCCUGUCGCUCUCAACAAGGGUACCGACACUCCCAAGAAGAACAGAUGGUUCAACAUCGAGAUAGAAGAUACCGAGGCGCUUCGUGAACCGUUGCUCACUUGGAGGACAAGUGACACAAUCGAAAACCGACCUCCCCCGCUGAUUAUCGAGACAUACUUGGACACCAAGGGCUUAACCAAAAAUCAAAGUCUCGUUGCCUUGGAUGAGCAAGGGAAGCGAUAUGACGUGUUGGAGUCUCUUUCUGCGUCUGCGGAAGCACAUACUGGGGGACUGCCGUCAUCCAGGCCCGACGAUGUUAUUUUAGAACGGUGGAAGGUUGAACUUGGGGAUAUGUCUAACAAACUACCGGCUGAUCUUGGAUCCAUCCUUCCCACGGUAUAUAAGAAGAGCAUCCUCCUGUUCAGGUCCUUGUUUGUCUAUUCUAAACUAUUGCCUGCUUGGAACUUUGCAAAGCACAACGGGAGGCUUCGCACACACCCGGCCCUACGGCUCAAAUACCGUAUCUUGGUGGGGAAGCCCCAUGCGGAGGACCCCAAACCGGAUCAUUUGACUAUGCCGCUGUUUGAAAGCAGCAAUAAAGUGGUCGAUGUAUACAGCUUCGGAACCACGGAGUCGCCUGCUGGUGAAUUCUCCGUUCAGGUGACCUACCGAAAGAGCUGCGAGUUUCGAGUGGACGAUUCGGAGGCUCUGCUGAGUUCACGGUUCAUGGGGGCCGAUGAUGAGGUUUUCCGCCCGUCGCUUCCAAGCCGUGAAUCCAAUAUCAAGGCCGCCAACCCCGAGAUUGGAUCGGCCCCUCUGGAGAAGAGAACUGUGGAAGAUCCAGACCCUAGUCGAGCAUAUGGAAGUCUCUCGACAUUUCACCAUGUCGGGCCUACCACCAGUGCGAGCCCAAUCUCGGCUCUCCGUGCCGCCAGAGAAUCUGGAGCUUCGUCUCCCUCUCCUCCAAGCUCGUCAUCUCGCAAGCCUCUCGCGGUUGCAAAGGCUAGCCCUGUUGGUCGUGCGGCUGCUCUAGCGAGCGAGAGUGGCCCCGGUAUUGCCAGGCGAUCAUCUAUUUCCUUCCAGCCUUUCAAGGCGCCGCCGCUUUCUGCGUCUCCGUCUCUUGUUGAUCCACCACUAGGGAUGUCUCCCCGAUCGGGGCCAACAGCUCGCACGCCAUUUUCCGAAUCAAAGACCAUGCAGCCGCCAUCCAUGGCGGCUUCCGCUCGCAAAUCCUUAUCCGGGGCUUGUGACAAUACGGUCGGCUCUUCAGCUUCCGCAUCGCCCCGUCCAGCUCCGAUUGCAAGGUACAGUAGUGCUUUCACUCACCGGCGUGGAAGGCCUUCAUCUGGUAACAUACACAAGUUGGAGGAUGACAAUUCGAGUGGCAAGACUAGUGCGACGUCUUCCAACGCUCAGCCUGGCUCGGGCUUACUUGCUGAAGCCACAGGGACGAGCGCGGAUUCAAUACACGCUGAUGAUGAGAACAUUUCAGAAUUCCUAAAAAUGCUGGACCUGAGGAAAGAUCUGUUGAAUCCAUCCAGUUCAACUUCUGUCGAUGUCACUGCACGCAGGACUACUGCGACUUCUGCUGCAUUGGCUCGGUUUCAACGCAUGAGGGAUUCAAACGCAGCCCUUUCAGACUCAAUGUCCUCGUCAUUGCUCUUACAGCGCUCGUCGAAUUCCUCAAGCAAGCAGCUCUCAGGGGUGCCGCCAAUGGUUGCCGGUACCUCGAUUUCGACAGCAUCUUCGCCUGGAAAGCCCAUCUCACCCCACACCCCCCAUACCCCUGCCAUACCGUCCCGCCUAAGCUCCAACAGUAUUGUUGAUUACGGAAACGAAAGAGAUCCUCACCGCGAACCUGGCUCUUCUGUCGAAGAAAAUCCCAGCGAGGGCACAACCAUGGUGCAUCACCCGUCUACAGUGACGGUAACUGCCAUCCCUAUCCCUACCUCACCGGCGUUGCCGUUUGCUCCCCCAUACCGUCGGCCCAGUUCUGCUGCUCCUCCUCCUCCUCCCCCAGUAGCGGCCGAUGACGAUGAAAUUUUCCCAUUCAAUCUGCGCAGCAUAAGUCUUGGGGCUGAGGAGAGAUCCCAUAGCAGUCUUAGCGCUCUACAGAGACAGCACGACCUUGAAGGCGUUAAAGGGAAUACACAUCAGACACGCAGGGAACAGCGCCCUCCGUCUGUGAGUGAGGAUCCCGGUUUAGCACCGAGCUCAGCAGGGCACGAAAUGGGGCCCCACAAGAGGACAUCUGGAUCUAGCCCCACAACAACUUCGUCGCCGUCAAACAACCAUGUUUACCAACCACGGUUUAGCAUUUCUCGUGGACGGGGAUUGUCUGGUGGACCACACUCCCUUAGCUCCGGCUCAAGUAGCCUUGCGCGCGGCGUACCUUCUUAUCUUGCGGAACGUGAUCAUGAUCGGGAUGUCAAUGCUAGCGGCAGUAAUAGCGGUAACUCGACUGUUGAAGACCGUCGGGGGGCUGGGCGACGACCCAGUUCGGGCCGCAAUAAUCCGCCACAGUCACAGACUGAAGAGGACGAACCUCUGUUGUUUGCCAUGAGCGACUUCGGUGCCUCCCGGCGAAGCUUUGAAGAAGGGAGGCAUGGCAACCACGGCGGUGACUCUAAUGGAAGUGCCAGUGGGUUGAGACGCGGUAGCGGUCGACGCGGCGGGGGUCUCUCAAGCUUCCAUGUCUGGUCUUAGGAUGUGAAGGCACUCUCCUUGAAUACCUAUGAUUUGAUUUGGUUUUAUGUUGGUGUCAGGUGC